CCUCCUUCACCCCCCCCCCCCGCUCAUCUCCCUCUCUUCCAUUCACUAAACUCCUCUCUUCAACAUUUGAUACCACAUAAUGAGACUUUCACUCUCCUGCAAGGCCACAGUUAUUGGUGCUGCACUCUUAUUCCUUGCCAACAACCCCAUCACAUCAUCUGCAGACAAUAGUAUUGUUAUCUCUCAUAAUACCGCACACUCUUUUGAUGCAUUCGCUGUGGAUGCAAAUCUCCUGAAAAAAAGAGCUGGUGAUGACCACGAUCACGAUCAUGAUCACCCCACCACUACUGUUGUGGAGGGGCCCAUAGCCACAACACCUCCCCAUGGUGACCAUGACCACGAUCACGAUCAUCCCACAUCUUCCGGUGCUAUCGUUGCACCUACUGCUGCCCCAACUCAUGGUGAUGAUCAUGACCACGACCACAGCCAUGAUGAUCAUGAUCAUGACCACUCAUCAGACGAAUUGGCAGAUCACAAGGACGAAGCCGGACACUCUCACGGACCAGCUCGCACGUGUGAUCCCCACGAUCAUGACCAUGGCGAAUAUGUUAUUUGGCACCAUAUUGUUGCCCUCAUUGUUCUCAUCGUCGUCGCUGGUUCGGGAUGUGUUAUUCCCAUGAUGCUUCGUGAUAAUGCACGGACCCGCUUUGCAGUCCAAGUUGGCAAGUACUUUGGUGCUGGUGUGGUUCUCUCAGUCGCAUUCAUUCACAUCAUGCCCGAGGCUCUCUUUGCUUUGACUCAUCCUUGUCUUUCCAAGGCAUGGAAUGAGGAUUAUCCAGGCUAUGCUCCCUUGAUCAUGAUGAUCUCUGGUCUUUCCAUGCUCGUCAUUGAAUUCCUGGCAUCCACACUGACCAUUGGCGUUGAAGCCCAUAGCAAGACAACUGGGUCGGACUCAGCUCUGGAGUCUGGACAUGAGUCACAUGACCACAAGGCUGCCGAUGCUGGACACCAUACACAUGAUGAUCAUAAUACCCUUACAACCAGCGUUAACAGAGCUGAUGAACAUUGCACACAUUCCCAUGGAUUAACUCUUCUGCAAUGUGGUCCUGGUGUCUCCACUAAGGUCUCGACUUAUAUGCUUGAACUCGGCAUUGCUCUCCACUCAGUCUUUAUUGGUAUUGCUCUUGGUGUCCUUGCUGGAUCCGAAUUCUGGGCCAUGACAAUCGCUAUUUGUUUUCAUCAGUUUUUUGAGGGUAUCGCCCUUGGCUCUCGUAUUGCUGAACUCUCCUUCCAUAAAAAGUUGAUCCCCGGGCUUUUGGUCUUGGCGUUUGCACUUGUGACUCCUCUGGGUAUAGCUAUCGGAAUGGGCAUUCACUCUGGUUACAAAGCCAGCAGUGUCGAUAAUCUGAUCGUGAUGGGUGUCUUUGACUCGAUCGCAUGUGGUGUCCUGUUAUACACCGCCUUUGUGACACUCUUAGGAGGCGAUAUCCUCUACUCUGAAAAGUUCCGUGCCGAAUCUAAGCACAACAAGGCUUGUUACCUACUUGCUGUCUGGUUGGGUGCCAGUGCAAUGGCAAUUUUAGCACUUUGGGCUUAA